AUGCGUUUCACCACCCUCCUCAUUGUCAGCAUUGCCUCCUUGUCCACCUCGUUUGCUCUCCCCGAGGCCGGAAUCGCCAACAACAACUGCGGCUAUCCAAAUGGCAACUGCUACGACAAUAACUGCCAUGGAGAACUAAGCCCAAACAGAAUCACCUGCACCUCCGAAAACUUCAUUAGGGGCCAUACCUUGGAUGCGAGUGUGGAUACGGAUGUGGCAGCAACACCGGAAGAUGCAAUGAAAAUGGCUGCAAUGGACGUAACGGCCGCUGCACCAACAACUACCUCGGCUGCUCUUGCAACUAGAGCAUAUCUUGGAAACUUCUGCUGA